AUGGGCCGAGCUCCUCUUCUUCCUCUUCCGGAAGUUCUCCAGACCGCCGCGAUCGACGAAGCCCUCGUCGGGGGAGCCCAGGUCGACGAAGAGGAUCUCCUCGACGAAAUUCACGAAGACGAUCCCCAUCGCCGCGAAAUCGUCGACGAUCGCCGCCAAAACGUAGAUCUCCAAGCCCAAGAAAACGAAGCCCACCUCGACGCAGACGAUCUCCCAGUCCUCGUCGACGAUCGCGAUCACCAACGAAGCCCAAGACGUAGCAGAUCAAGAUCAGCUCCGCGAAAGCGAAGAAGUCCUACUCCAGUAAAGGAUCCAGUGCGAAUUCAAGUCACGAAGCUCACGCGAAACAUCACAAAAGAUCAUCUCUCCGAAAUCUUCGGCACUUACGGAACAGUCGCUCAUGUAGAAGUCCCCGGUGGGAACGGAUUCAGUUUCAGCUUCCGCCACCAGGCUUUUAUCGAGUACGAAUCGUCAGAAGAUGCGGCUAAGGCGGCGAAGUUCAUGGAUGGCGGACAAAUUGAUGGACAAGAGAUCAUGGUUACUUUGAUGAAGGGAGCGCCGCAAAGACGACGAAGUCCCCCUCGCCGAGACAACUCCCGCGAUCGUCGGGAACGCCGCCGCAGCCCACGCAGAGAGAGCCCUCCUCGUCGCCGCCGCCGUGGCUCGACCGGCUCGUCCUCCUCCGAUUAA